AUGUCGUGGAUCCGGAGCCCCCCGCGAGUGCCAAGCCGCCGCCGGCAGCAGGCGUGGCCGCCGCCGCCACCAGCCCAACCACAAGAGUACCACUUCCCAACAAAUGCAAAGAAUCCGUACCACAACCGCUUUCCUGCCGUACCCGGGUUGCUGGCGGCCGUCGGCAUGAUGCCGGGGACAAAGGCCUCGAUGCCGACACCCACGAUCGUAACGGUAACUGUAAAUGUACAGGUAGUGACGACGAUGACGUCAACGAUCUGCGCCUGCACCGCCGCCGCAGCCACCGUCGGCGAUAACUACCUUUCCAGCGGGCGCCGCUGCGACGGUGGCGGGGUUGGAGGCGGCACGCCAACCGUCCCCCUCGAGUGCCCUAUUUACCCCGUCCUCUCCACCUCCUCCUCAUCCUACAUUGGCGGCGGCGGCGCCGCCGCCACCUUGGCUACAUGCGGCAGCAGUAGCAGUAGCAGCAAGGGCGGCGGCGGCGAAGCUACUGCCUCCGUGGGCCCCCUGUGGAGGGAGGACAUCUCCGCCGGCAGAAACGUCAUAUCCGCAUUACCGGCCCCGCUCCGGAACCACCACCGGCAACUACACCUGCAGCAGCACGAGGGCCAGCAGCAGCACGAGGAGCGACAUGGACCCCGGGGAAGUGAGGAGCAACUGAAAGGGCAAGUCAGGGGGGGAACUCUUGCUGCUGAAGUCCAGAAGUUGCCCGUCGAGGAUCUGGAGGGGGAACGGCUCCAGGGAAAGCGAGAGGACGCAUCCGCUGGCAGUUUCCAUCGACCACCAAGCCAAGUGGUUUCCGAAGCGGGCUGUAGAACGGGCUGUUAUGGCGGCGGCGCCGUCAGCAGCGGUGGGUGCAGCACUGGCGGCAGCGGCGGUGGCGAGGCACGACAGCAUAGAUCGUUGACGGGCCGCGCACCCUCCUCCAUCGUCGACCGGUACGGCUCAUUGCUCGUAUCAAGCGCGGGCUGGCGCUGUACGGAGCUGUACGACAUCAACGACACGUUGCUGCUCUCUAGCUUGUCGUCGCGCCGGUGCGGCACCAGCGGCGGCGGUGGCAGGACCUCCGCCGAAAGCACCCUGUCGUACGUCACUGGUGCAGAGGCACCGCCGACGCCGAUGGCUGUCGUAGACCCCGCCGCAUUGGCCCUUCUCGAGCUUUUUAAGUCAAAGGAUAUGUACGACAACGACGACGGCGGUGCCCGAGGGGAAGAGGUCGCCGCCGGCGCCAGCAGUGUUCCUCCUCCGCCAUCUAGAGCUGCAUCCUCUGCCGGUUUGUCAGGCAGCCAACGGCGGCCAGUACACAAACACAGCAUCGCGCUCGCGUCUUCCAUCGGCAUUGUUGUUGGCGGCGGCGGCAGUGGCAGCGGCAGUGACGGAUGUUCGCCGGUACUGAAUGCCGCAUGCAAUACAUUGGGAACACAGGUACCGCGGCAGGAGCCCCAGCAGCUGCGGCUGUCAAAGCCGUCGCCACUGCUACAGCCGCGAAAUCCGAAGCCGCAACACCGGCUUGCGGUUCGAAGCGCCACUGAAGCCAACGACCGAGCCAUCGACGGCGACGUCCGUGUCGUAUUCGGCAGCGGCGGCGGCGGCGACGGCGUGUGGGGUGCUGCAUUAGAAGCCAUGCUCGAGAGAGUGGUGCCGCGAACUGGGUAUUACACGCCGCCGUCACAGCCACCUGUGACGGCGGCGCCCGGCUCCGCUGGCGCCGUCAACGGCGGUGCCGGCGGUGGCUCUGCAGCUUCCGCCGCUGCCCUGGCCUCCGCCACCGCCGCCGGCAGCUUGGUAGAGCGCAGCGGGGCGUACGACAUGACGUACAUGCAGCGAUGCGCAGGGCGCGUCAGGGCGCAAGCCCAGCGCUCUGGGCGGCACUUCCCUGCCAGGGCGGUUCCCGGGCCGGCGGCAGCGACGGCGGCGGCGCUGCCGCUGCGCCGCCCGCGCCGCAUCAGCUGCCGCUACCAUUUCCGCGCGGACGAGCACCUAACCAGGGGGCUCACCGGCAGGAAGACGGAACUCGUCAGUAGCGGCUGCGGCCAGGGCAGCCUCGGCGGCGGGGGCGGCACGGAGAAUAACGGAUCAGGGAAUCUCCGUACUCCGCAACUCGAGACAUGGCAGCAGCAGCAGCCGCAGCAGCAGCAGCGGCGAACCCAUGAUGCGGCGGAGGCGGUGGCGCUGCUGCCGUCAGCGGCGCCGCCAGCGCUUCCAACCGGGGUGAGCGGCAAUAGUCAUGGCGACGGGAGGGACCUACCGUCGCUGCCGCAGGCUAUCACGAGGUUAGGCCCCACUAUGCAGCAGCAACAACAGCAACAGCGGCGUCCAAAUGAAAGGCCCGCUGCUACCGCCGCCACCGCCGCCACCGCCGCCGCCGCCGUCACGGCUCCCAGCCCAAGCACAUCAUACUCAUUGGAGGAGGCCACUGCAAUCAACCAACCUGCUACCAGUCAGACUGCGCCCGUCGCCGAAAAAGGCGUCGCCACAACCGCGACCGGUGCCAUUACGGCGGUUGAUGAUACCCCUGCAGGCACCGCCGCCGCGCUGGCCUCCUGGCAUGACUUACAUUGGGCUACAGGCGCCGCCGCCACCGCCGCCGCCGCUGCAGUCGGCAGUAUCACCGUCGGCUCGUCACCAUUCGUCUGCGCUGUGGCGGCGGCGGAGUGUGCGAAUGAGAGCCGUAAAAAAUCCAAGCGAGGCUCCGGAUCUGACCGCGGACCUGCGUCCGGCAUGGGAGCUGGAUCUCAUGUCGCGAUGAGGCCGGAAGCUGCGUACGAUACCUGCAGGCCGUUUGGGCGUGGUACGUCACGUGUACGGCAUGAACAGAAGGCAGCCUUGGACUGUGUCAAGGUCGUGACCGGCCAUGGUGGCGCGAACCUUGCCGCUGUAGCUAGUGCGGAGCCGUACGGCAGCAGUAAAGCCAGUGGUAGUAGCAGCAGCGGUUGUCGUGGCCGCAACAGCAAGGCCAGGAGCUCUGAUGGAGACGGCCCAGCGGCGGCGGCGGCGGCGGCUCUCAGUUCCGCCGACCAGCAGUUGGAGGUGAAACCCAAAGUUGCGCAGUGCAGCGGCGACGGCAGCGGCAGCGGCCUGGGUACGGCGACCGCCACCGCCGCUGCCGCCAGAGCGGUUGUUGGCGUACCAGCGGAAGUGGGUUUGGGAACCGCAAAGCCUGGCAGAGGCGCCGCUGGCCGAGACGGCGAUGCGUGCCACAGCUCCCUACGAGGAGACACCGGCACCACCACCACCGUCGCCGCUGGUGAAGAUGGGGGGGUUCGGCGGAAACUGAGGACGCGCUCACUCCGCGCCGUCCUGCAGAGCCUGCUGGGCCGGUGCGGCAAUACAGAAAGGACCGCCAGCUACAGCGCCGGCAGUACCGGCGGCUGCUGCGUGCCGAGGCCGCAAGGCCCCCGCCCGCCACCGCCACCGCCACCGCUGCUGGUGGCGUCAGGACACCAUUCUAACCAGCAGCAGCAGCAACACCAGCAGCUCUGGCGCAUCGCUAGCGGCGGCGGAGGCGGAGGCGUCAGGCCGCCCUGGCUGGAGGAUGAGGCGCGUGCGACUCGGUUGGCGCUCAUAGCGCCCCUCGCUGCGGCAGUGCUGUCAGUGUGA